GCACAUCCGCGGACACCUUCUCACCCGGAGUUUCAGCGUGACCUCUAUACUGCAGUUAGAAAAUACUUGAUAGCGGAGCCGCGAUCAAUUGAAUUCUGACGACGUAAUCCCUCCAUGGCGGAAAGGUGACAAUUUGACGGAAGUUCCAUUUUAUUUGUGUGUACACAAGCAGCAAGAAGGGCUUAUGUGCUCCUCGCCGUGUCGUCUCCGGCUCGGAGUGCUCAGUGUUGUCGGCGUUGAGCCAGUUUCGGGUGCACUGCAUCAACAUGGGUGUGAUCGGAGUGCAGCUGGUGGUUACCAUGGUAAUGGCCAGUGUAAUUCAAAAAAUCAUACCUCAUUAUUCUUUCGCAAGAUGGUUACUCUGCAGUGGCAGUCUUCGGUGGUACCAGCACCCUACGGAAGAUGAGUUGAGGAACCUCGCUGGGAAACAGAAAGGAGUAAAGAAGAAAGACAGGAAGUACAACGGUCACAUAGACAACAAGCCGCUAACUGUACCCAAGGACAUCGAUCUACAACUGGAGACAAAAUGCAUUACGGAAGUCGACACAUUAGCAUUGCACUACUUCCCUGAGUUCCAGUGGUUGGUUGAUUUCACAGUAGCAGCGACUGUGGUCUAUCUAAUAACGGAGCUGUACUACAGUGUGGCUCAGCCCUCAGGAGAGAUGAACAUCAGUGUGGUCUGGUGCCUGCUAGUUCUCGCCUUUGUCAUCAAGACGCUCUUCUCUCUGACGGCCCACUACUUUAAGCUUGAAGAAGGAGGCGAGCGCUCCCUCUGCAUUACAUUCGGCUUCUUCUUCUUCGUCAAAGCCAUGGUCAUCCUCAUUGUCACUGAAAACUACCUGGAGUUCGGUCUGGAGACGGGUUUUGCAAACUUUUCUGACAGCGCUCUACAGUUCCUGGAACACCAAGGCUUGGAGUCACAGGGUCCUAUAUCGAAACUUACUUUCAAGCUAAUACUAGCCUUUUUGUGUGCCCUGAUUGGAGCCUUUUUAACCUUCCCUGGACUGCGAUUGGCCCAGAUGCACCUCGAUGCCCUCAAUGUGACAACAGCCAAAUUUACACAGACUUUGCUGCAUAUCAACUUCCUUUCCCCACUUAUCAUGGUCCUGCUGUGGGUGAAGCCCAUUACCAAGGACUACAUAAUGAACCCCACCCUCGGAAAGGACAGCUUGCCUUUGAUGGCUGAGCAGACGUACGACACACUGCGGUUAUGGACCAUCAUACUGAUGUGUGCGCUGCGGCUCGCGAUGAUGAGGCAUCAUUUGCAGGCCUACCUCAACCUGGCUCAGAAGGGCGUGGAGCAGAUGAAGAAGGAGGCGGGACGAAUAAGUACCAUCGACCUGCAGAAAAUGGUUGCACGUGUUUUUUACUACUUGUGCGUAAUCGCACUACAGUAUGUGGCACCGCUGGUGAUGCUGCUGCAUACAACCUUGCUGCUAAAAACAUUAGGUGGACAUUCAUGGGGGUUCUAUCUUGAAGCAGAAGAGCUGCCCUGCACCCAUCAGAUGGACUCUGCACCGGGUGACGCACCAACAACAACCCCCUCGCUGGAGGCGGCGUCGCGGGCGUCAGCGAGCCAACUAUCAGUGGCACUGGGGGGCCUGAAGACCGUCUUUAGCCCCUUGCUUUUUCGAGGCCUCUUCUCUUUCUUCACGUGGUGGAUCGCCGCCUGCCUUUUCUCCACCUCCCUCUUCGGCCUCUUCUACCACCAAUAUCUCAUGGCGGCGUAGGGCCAAUGACGGACCACAUCAUCAGAACUCCUGCUUCAACUUCCAGUGCUUCCUUCACAGGUGAACUCUGUGUUUUGACAUCCACUCCUUUUUAUUCACCUUCACACCAGAUUUUCUUACAUCUAAGAACAAUCCAGACUGGUGGCUAAAUACAGGAUCUCAUAUGCUGGACGGGUACUGCUCACAUGUGGUAAACACGUGUUUUUUACAGGUCCACAGUUAUUCCCUUACAUUUGACUGAAUUUGGAGGUUAUUAAGUUGAGAUAAGCUGCCUUACUUGGGCAAAUACUGACAGACUAAAGUCUUUGAAAAGUAUUUGGAAGUGAUGCAGAAGAAUAGGGGGUGGGGGGUGCACUGUCAUGAGCAGGAUGAAUGUGUGUACAGUAUGUAUGAAUGUUUGUUAGGGUUGUACGGUAUACCGGUACUAGUAUAGUACCAUGAUACUAAUGAAUCAUAUCCGGUACUAUAACGCCUCUAAAAAGUACCGGUCCCCCCCGUGCACCCCCUCCUUUUUUUUUAACGGGCAUGACGGCGCGUCGUCGUCAGGUCGUGACAUUGCUGGUUUUACGAGCAGAGGAGCGUGUUCGGCCGCGCACACACGGAGUACUUACAAGCAGACACGGUGUGUCGACAGAAAAGGGAGAACGGACGCAUUUUGGCUUAAAAACUAACGAUAAAGGUGAAGUUAUAACACUGAAACACCCUCAGGAACAGGUGCUUUAAGACAUGGCUAGCUAGCUUGCGGCGAACAUCCUCCCGCAGUCGGCAGUGUUUUAACAACUUCGAAAUCACUAAUCCUCGCCUCCAUGGCGACAAAUAAAGUAAGUUCCUUACAGGUAACAUUAUCACUGGAGGACGAGGAAUAGCUAAACAUGCUUCACUACACACUGUAGGAGGAUAUAAUAGCUCACAAUGUAAACAAACGCCAUUGGAGGAUCUACACCUGACAUCCACUGUAACAAUACCAAGUAAAGGAGCGUAUCUAGUCAAUACUACUUUGAUAUUUUUUAGCAUCACAAAAUCUUUUUAAUUUUUUUUUAAAUGUAUAUUCUGUUUAUAAAAUUUGGGAAAUACGUCCCUGGACACAUGAGGACUUAAAUUAUGAUCAAUGUACGAUCUUGUAACUACUUGGCAUCGGAUCGAUACCUAAAUUUGUGGUAUCAUCCAAAACUAAUGUAAAGUAUCAAAGAACAGAAGAAUAAGUGAUUAUUACAUUUUAACAGAAGUGUAGAUAGAACAUGUUAAAAGAAAAAGUAAGCAAAUAUUAACAGUAAAUGAACAAGUAGAUUAAUAAUUCAUUUUCUACCACUUGUCCUUAAUAAUGUUGACAAAAUAAUAGAAUGAUAAAUGACACAAUAUGUUACUGCAUACGUCAGCAGACUAAUUAGGAGCUUUAAUACUAAAAGACAAGUUGUCUAAUAUAAUCACUAUUUUAUUUAAGGACAAACUUGCAAAAAAAAACAUGUUUAUUGUACCCUAAGAAAUUUUUUGUUAAAAUAAAGCCAAUAAUGCCAUUUUUUUGUGGUCCCCUUUUUUUAGAAAAGUAUCGAAAUACAUUUUGGUACCGAUACCGGUACCAAAAUAUUGGUAUUGGGACAAUCCUAAUGUGUGUACAGUAUGUAUGAGUGUGUGGUGUGUGUGGUGUGUGUGUGUGUGUGUGUGUGUGUGUGUGUGUGUGUGUGUGUGUGUGUGUGUGUGUGUGUGUGUGUGUGUGUGUGUGUGUGUGUGUGUGUGUGUGUGUGUGUGUGUGUGUGUGUGUGUGUGUGUGUGUGUGUGUGUGUGUGUGUGUGUGUGUGUGUCACAACCGCGACUGAAGAUCCAUACUCGUUCAGAGAUGGUCGGAAUACGUGAAGUUGAAGAGUUUAAACUGAGCCAUUCUGAAAACGAGAGUGCUGAGCUCUUUCAGAGCGGCUGUGACCAUUGAGAAAAAAAUUUACGAGGGUAGCGCGACGCUUUUCGCCCGCCGUGUUCCGCAUGCGCUCCCUUCUGAAGCUCUGUCGUGAUCGACUUGUUGAAGAAAAAAAUAGAUUUUUUUGUUUUUUUUUCCUUCUUUCUCAAAUCACUUUAUUUUAUAAUUUGAGUGUUUCUAACGAAUCAAAGGGAUUCCCGCAACGGUGCCAAGUGUUCCACGUCCACACCUUAAUGGCCUUGUUUUUCCUCGGCCAUGAAGAAGUGGUCUCUCUCCGUAACCUAGACCCAAGUGUAACUUUUUAAGCUCAUAAAAAAAGUCCAAACCUUUCAACUACUUAAGGCCAUAACACUUUUUUUUCCUCCAGGAGACACGCAUCAUAUCACAACUUCUGUUUUACACAACGGGAAAUUUGAACUAAUUAAUGAAUGUAUCAAUCCUGCCUAAUCUCUAGAUUGUUUUCAUGAAACUGAUUUUUGUGUUGUUUUUUUAACUUCCCACACUUCCUCUUCUGCCAUUCUGCUACGGGGACAUUUUUAUUUGUCCGAAUGAGUAUUUUUCUUAGUAUUUAUUAAAGAUGUCUAGGCCUGUAAACAUUUCAAAUUUUAACACAAGAGGUUUUAAUUUUGGUGUUAGCAUGCAUGGUGACUUAAAUCAGUUUUGUACAUGUUUUGACAGUUUUUAAUCAUGUUUUGACAGUUUUUAAUCUGUUCAGUUGGGAAGUAGCUGGGAUACUUUCAAGAAUUCAGCUUGAUACCACUGAAAGUGGGUAUUCACAAAUUAGUUCACACAUGUUGUUCCUCCAUGUAUUUAUUUCAGAAUGUGUCUUUUAAUAAAUUAUGUUCUUUCAUUUGUGGA